UGCUCUCUCUCUGCACCCAAACAAACACCAAUCCACCCCCCUAUGGAGAACCAAGGCAACAACAAAACCCUCUCCUUCAUCAGAACAUCAACCACCACCAAUGCCGGCUUCCUCGAGAGGGGAAGGCGGAUCAAGAUGGCAGCCGAGAUGGGCCUUGCCGAGUCCUCCCGUGGCCGCCACUGGAGUCGCGCCCUCCGCGACCGCCUCCUUCGAAGGACAGGAAACGGUGCGUGCGGGUGCCAGAAAGAAGGCUUGACUCCUUCUAAGGUGGCUGAAGACUUGGUUGGAGAAGAGGGAGACGAUGAGGUAAAAGAGAUAGCGAGAAAACUGAGAGCUCUUCAAGAGCUUGUCCCUGGUGGCGAGGACUUGGCGAUGGACCGGCUCUUCGAGGAGACGGCAGACUACGUCGAGGCGCUACAGAGGCAGGUUAAUGUGAUGAGAGCGCUUGACAGCUUGCUUGGUAGGUUGGAGAAGGAAAAGAGGUUGAUGGGAGGGUGAGGAUGAUUCUUCUUGGGUUCUUUAUUCUGUUGCAGACUUUGAAAGUAACCUCCUUCCAAUGAUAAUUAGAAAGAUGAAGAGGAGCGUUUAUUUGCAAUUAGUUCUCCUUCUUUUAUGGUUUCUUUUCUAUAUGGUAGCAAGCUUUGCUUUCUUGGUACUCAAAUCUUGACUUUGAUAUAAGAGACUUUCAAUUAAUUGUA